UAUACGGAAUUACACAUUAAGUACUGUACAACAUUAUAAUGGGGCUUCCAGCAAAGUUCUGAUUAUACGAUAAAAUUAAUCUAAAAAAUAUUGUGUCAACGCAUCUUUAACUCAUCGUUCCCGAUUUUCGAGUUUUUUUGUAUGCAAGAUCUUCUCUAAUUAGUGUGCGAAAUGCAGAUCGGACGUGAUUCUUAUUUAUUUCCGCAUCAUAAAUAAAUAUGGAAAUCAUCUCAGCAGCGCGUCGAUUUUGCGCAUGAUAUAAGUGCGUAUUAUUAUCUGAGCAGCAAGUUUUGUUUCCGUUUUUGGAAUGGUGGGUUAUCGAUCUGUCUUGUGCUGCGUUCCACAACAUUAAACCGUAAAAUUGAAGGAAUAUAAAUCUGGAGUGUUUAUUAUUUGAUUAUGCUGGACUUGGAGUGUUGGGUGUUUUCUUUUUAGAACAAACAGUUUCUAGAACGUGUGGGCAGAAGAGCUGUUAUAAUAACUGCACGGUAUCUGAGAAAAGAAGCACCUCCGUCGACAUUGGCUAAUGGGCCUGUAAAUGCCGAAGCCUAAGAAAGGAAAAGCCGCCAAGCUCCCGCCGUGGGUGCGGCUGUGGCGACGAAAUGCCGCGGCCCAGACAUUUCUGGAGGAUACCGCCAACUUCGAGUGGAAGCAGGCCGCCCGCGCUUUCAAUCAGGUCCUCAUCCAGCACCGGCCCCAUCUGCGCCGGGUACGCCGCCGCGAGCUCCAGGAAGAAAUCCGCCAGGAAGCGCAGCGGAUCCAGCAGCAGAUCGCCCACCGCGAUGACACCCUGGAGUUCCUGAUGGAUGACAUGCGGGAAGCGUUUGAGCAGGAGGAACUGCUCAGUCAGCGGCACACGGCGGCGCUGCAGCGGCUGACGGAGAUUCAUGGGGAUCUGAAGAGGUUUCUCGAAGAAGAGUAUUAUGGGAACUUGCGCACGCUUAUGGCGGAAUUGUGUGCCAAGACGAAUAUGUUGGCCGAACAGAACGACAACGAGAUGAAGAAGAUCGAUCUGAUGUUGAAGGUCAUGGAUGAGGAAUGGGGCGAGGAGGAAACGGAGCGGCGGACCAAGUUCUUGACUGCUGUUGACGAGAUUAGAAACCGGAUAAUGGAGGAGAAACAGAUGCUACGCAUUACCAUGGAGCACACGAUCUCCGACCUAUAUCAGCAGAUGGAAGACGAGUACACCAAGUACAAGAAUAAAACCGAGGAGAAGCUGAUACGUUACCAAGAACUGCGUGCCAAAGACGAGACCAACUCCAAGGAGGUCAAAUACCAAAUCACCAGGAUCAACAUGCUCUCGAAAAUGGUAGCAACGAAAAAAGCGAAAUUCUCCGCGUACCAAGAGAAAUCCGACAUCAAAAUGCAAUACUGGGACGAAUUGAAAAACCGGCUGAAAGCGGCCACGGGAGUCGUGAAGCACCGCAUCCGCCACGGCAACGACCGCUUCCUCAACGAGUACAAGGAUAUGACGGCGCAAUUCCAGGCCGUUCAUGAUCAGCUGCUCAAGCUGGAAAAGACGGGUGUACGACUGGUGCGGCACGCGCUGGCCGCUCACAGGAUGCAGCAUCCCGAUGAUAAACUGUACGCGUCGGUAGAGAAGCGUAUGGACGAUUUAGAUAAGGAAAAACCGAAGAAUGAUGCAGCGAAAGCGCCGCAGUUAGACGUUAACAAGAAUAUUGAGGAGAUCUUCAUGCUGGAGCCGUUUAUCAUGAACACCGCCCAUAUGGAAGUCAAGAACAUUGUCCGGCGUCAUGAAAACCGUCAGCUGAAAGCGCACAACCAACGUCUAGAGAAGUUGGUUAACGAGUACGUGCGAGCCAAGACCAUCGACGACACGAGCCUGGCCAAUAAGUACGACAACCCUCUGCUGAGCAUCAAGGGACCGACCUAUGUCGUGGUUGACCGUCCGGAAACAUUCCGCUUGAGCCCGAAACCGAUGGGAAGGUGAUAGGAAAAAUUUGACAUCUCAAUUCUAUCCGCAUCUCAAAUACAAUUUUGUUUUUUUUGAGUCUGUAAUUAAUGUCACAUUUUACGGAUUUUGAGUUGAGUGAUGAACCGGCCUUGUUGCUGCUCUGCCUUUGAGUGCCAACCGUUUUUAAGUUUUCCAUUAUUAUGCGUGCACCGCGAAAUCGGCAUGAAAAAUGGAAA